AUGACGCUAAAGUUCGUGAUCCGAGAACCCAAGGCGCGGGUCCUGUUCUCGCCCACAGAAUUCUUCGACACCCUGAAGGGCAUGUUCCGGAGCUCCAGAAACCGAAUCGUCAUCAGCUGCCUGUACAUAGGAAUAGGCGAGCUGGAGAAGGAGUUAAUAGUAACCAUAAAAAAUAAUAAGCACAUAAAAAAUUUGAGAGUAGACAUUUUAUUGGAUAAACAAAGAGGUACAAGGCCAGAAGGGAAACUGAAAGAAUCCUCGGUGAGUAUGCUCUCUGACCUCUUCAGCUAUGCAGGGGACAUAAAUAUUAGCUUGUUCCACAAUCCCCUACUAGGGGCAGUGUUGUAUAAUAUUUUACCCUACAGAGCCAAUGAAGCCAUUGGAGUCAUGCACAUGAAGGUGUAUAUCGGAGAUGACCGUCUGAUUUUGUCGGGGGCCAAUUUAAGUGACAGCUACCUUCGAAACAGACAGGACAGAUAUAUUCUGAUUGAAAAUAAAUUGUUAGCUGAUUCCGUUCAUAAAAUUGUGAAUUGCAUUCAGAAAAUGUCCUUCAGCGUGAAUGUUGAUUUGGGUGUCCACUGGGGCAGUGACUCAAUGAACCCACUCAUCGACGCGCAUACUUUCCGUGAGCAGUAUUACAGGCGGAUACAGUUUAUGCUGAGUCAGAUCAGGGAGGACAUUGUGCGGCGUACACAGGGGAAGGUGGAAAGUCAGAUGUAUGAUGACCAUUUAGGUGAAUGUCACCCCUCAACCAGCGAGCAAGAAGACUUCUUCAGCCCCCUGUUCGUUAAUAGCGAAAGCAUCCUGACCGUGGAGCUGGCGCUGCAGAGCGGCUUUUCCUCACCCCCCAUAUACGACGAAAGCCAAAUGUUGGAAAACAUGCUCAAGAAUGUAAAUAAAUAUGAUCAGAGUUUAAUCAUAUCAUCGGGGUAUUUGAACUUCCCAGAAAAUUUUUUAAAAUUGUUCAGAAAUAUAUAUAACAACCUGUGCUUUAAGAAGGGCAUAAUACGCUUCAUUACAGCGUCCCCAGCAGCUAACAGUUUUUUUAAGUCCAAAGGCAUUUCCUACUACAUACCCCUUGGGUACACAGUCAGUGCGCACAUGUGCGUUGAAUUCAUCACCAAAAAUAUUGUAAGCGUUUUUAAAAAUUUAAAUAGAACAGACCCUUUGAAGAAAAAGGAAAAGGUCUGCACAGAUAUUUAUUUAGAAUAUCAUAAGCCCUCCUGGACCUUCCACUCGAAGGGGAUGUGGCUGAUUGGUAAUUCCUCCCAGAGGGAAAUUCUCGACAGCAGCACAACCUCUGGUGAAGAUCCCCAUGUAGCAACAACCCCCCAAAUGGAAAAUGUUACAAAUAGUGUGUGCACUAGCCAAAAUUAUGAACAGUCAGAAAAAAAAAAAAAAAAUUCCCCUUUUGGGAUAGCUAGCUCUCCACAUUUGUUCAAUAAUGAUCAAAAUUGCCUGAACAGGUCAGCUAAUUUGGAGGAGAUAAAAAAAAAAAAUGUGUGUGAAAAUAUUUUAAAGAGUGAAGAAAUGGACCAUAAUCAACACGGUGACGAUAAUCAGCUUGAUUCUACCUCAGUGACCCAAAACUUGGGCGACCUACCAUGGGGAACAGUUAUUGGAAGCUCCAACUACGGCUACCGAGCAACGUACAGAGACUUGGAGAUGAGCUUCGUGAUCAAAACGAAUGAUGAAAAUUUGAAGCGCCAGUUCCAGAAGGAGUUGGACAUCAUUUACGAGUCCUCCAAUUUUGUCCACAUGGACGAGUUGAAUUUGAGGUACCCCCGCUGGCUGCGACUGGUGUACCGGUACCUCGUGCGAUGGUUGUUGUGA